AUGACUUUAAGCGAGAAGUAUGUGCUAGGCGCAAACAACCGGGGACCAUUACUUACCCCUGGCGAUGGGGGUUCGGGGCUCGAAAAGCUAGAUUCAGCAGGGGGACGCUCACUCACCAGAACACCUACACGCACUGAAAAGUUCCGUCGCCAUUGGAAACGAUUCUGGCUCUUUUACUGCAUUGGCAAUGUUAUUUUCCUUGCAAUAUUCCUUCCAAUCUUCUUCCUUGUAGUUAUUCCUGCAAUCGCGCAAUUGGUUCUCAACAAGUCUGAUCUCGUACUUAUCAAUGCAACGGUAAACCAACCGAAGCCAGAUUCGGUUAUAAUGACUUUGGAAACGAAAGUCGAUUUGAAGCUUGCAAUUCCGGCUCGGAUUGAGAACCUUACAUUAGCCCUCUUUGAGCGCGCCUACGGUGUCAAUGAUGCCUACGCCUCUAUCACCAUCCCCGGCCAGACGAUCAAAGGCAAUCACAGUAUGGGCGUGACGGAUCAAUACACGCCAUUACAAAAUAUGACAGCCUGGGAGGACUUUGUCCAUCAGGUCGUCUUCGAGAAGGAAGCCUCCCUGGCGAUAGCGGGUCAGACCAACGCUUAUCUAGGGGUUCUGAAGUCCCACGUCAACUUGAACAAAAAUAUUGUCACACCCACGUUGAAUCAGUUCAAUGGUUUCGGUAUUUCCGACGCCACCCUCGUCCUCCCUGCCGAAUCUGACGGAACAAACCUAAUCGGUAACGCGACGCUCCCCAACCCCUCAGUGAUCACCCUCGAAAUUGGCACAAUCAUCCUGGAUAUCAAAGCUGGAGACCUGGUCAUUGGAAACGCGACACUAGAGGACGUGACACUCAGACCAGGCGACAAUGUCCUUCCAUUGCGAGGAGUUCUCGACCUCACAACUGUGAUCAAGAAUCUGGCGGCCGUAAUCAAAGCAGAAGCAUCCGCUAUCAAAGCCGGGAACCUCACUAUUAACGCCGUGACAACCUCGAUUGUCUGGAAUGGUACUUUGGUGCCGUAUUAUACCGAUAUUCUCAAGGAGCUUACCCUGACGGCGUCUAUUGGUCUGGGCGCUGUUCUGAAGAAUACUAUCAGCUACCUCAAGUCUGAGGGGAAUCUGACGGAUGUUUUGAAGAAUAUUACUGGGGAUAUGAACUUGAGUUCUGUCACUUCUCGGUCUCUUGAUGAGAAUAUGCGUGGUCCUGUCGAUCUCUCUGGAUUUAUGAGGGAGAAUCUGCAUGUCAGGGACAUGUUCAAGGAUGUUGAUCCAGAUGAACGAGACUUGAUUAUUGACUCAUUAGCUUCGAUAUACCCUGAGAUUUGA